UGCAGGAGCUGACUGUUCGCACGUUCCAUGGUGCAGUAACUUUCGUCAGGGUUGGCGGAAAGAGUCCGUCUUUCGUCCCCACCCCGAAGUCACAACAGUGGACGGCAAGCUGUGGGAUUCGAAGCCAAAUAACACCCGCUACACCACUCAAUGGCAGCCACGAGGACCACCGGCGUCAGCUAUUUCGAGGGAAGACGCUGCCGCCCCGGUGUCGUGCCAUUUCGUGCCCGAUGGACAACCGCAGCAGCAGCAGAGGUGAUUCUGCAGCCGAUGUGUCCAGAGGGGCCGCUACGAAUGCGGGCAGCGUGCAGCGGCCGGAAGGUUGUGACGCACACGGACCUCCCGACGCCGUAGGCUGCCACAGUGGUGCCGCUCCUGCAUUCCUGCCAGACGACAAGGAGCAACAGUCAAUCGACGACAACCUGAGUAAAACGCUGCCACCCCGGUGUCGCGCCACAUCGUGCAUGAUGGACAACCGCAGCAGCAGCAGAGGUGAUUCUGCAGCCGAUGUGUCCAGAGGCGCCGCUACGAAUGCGGGCAGCGUGCAGCGGCCGGAAGAUUGUGACGCACACGGACCUCCCGACGCCGUAGGCUGCCACAGUGGUGCCGCUCCUGCAUUCCUGCCAGACGAGAAGAAGCAACAGUCGUUUGACGACAACCUGAGUAAAACGCUGCCGCCCCGGUGUCGCGCCACAUCGUGCACGAUGGACAACCGCAGCAGCAGCAGAGGUGAUUCUGCAGCCGAUGUGUCCAGAGGGGCCGCUACGAAUGCGGGCAGCGUGCAGCGGUCGCAAGAUUGUGACGCACACGGACCUCCCGACGCCGUAGGCUGCCACAGUGGUGCCGCUCCUGCAUUCCUGCCAGACGACAAGGAGCAACAGUCGUUGGACAACAACCUGACUGCGGACGAGUCAACGGCUGUGUCCCCUCCUCACACGCUAAAUGCGUCGGAGGGGAAUCCGUACUCGUUUGCGUACCUAUGCUCGCUGACGCUGGGAGCACUGCUGCUGCCUGGGAGCCUGUUCCUCUUGCCGAUGUUGGAGCCGGCAGACCGAGAAGACAGCGCCAGCGGUGGCGGCAGGCAGCUUGUGGCCAGUGACUCGGGCCAGUUCGCGCGACGCGCGGGUCCCGUGUGCGCAAGUAGACCCCACGUAUUCGACCGACAGCUGGCGCUACCACCAGCCCAGACCUAUUCGGCGCACAGGCUGCAACCCAUCAUCUUCUGCCACUUCAAUAACGAGGAGAGCGCGGCGAGGAACUUCACCGUGGCGCACAUCGCUGCGCCCUACUGCGGCCGCCUGGUGUACUCGUACUUCGUGCCGCGCAACGAAGGCCUGGCAACCCUGGUGCCCGCUCUGGAGAAAAGCGUCGGACUGAGCCACUUGGCCGAGCUACGGGCUCGGAACAAGUGGUCCCGCCUUAGCGUCAUCGUCACUAUUGGAGGACACGAGGAGGACGACGCCCACUUCUCCUACCUAGGUCAGGAACCUCGGCGGCUGGCGCGCUUUGCCCGCAGCGUCAUGCUCCUGACGCAGCGUUUCGGAUUGGAUGGCGUCAACGUCGAGUGGCUCCGUUUGGAGGGCACCGUGUGCGGAUCCCGCAAUGACCCACUGGCCUUGGUUCUGCUGUUGCGCUACCUGCGGGGACUGGCGAAAGCCAACAGGCUCCUAGGAUUUACGAUCGCGUUCACCCUCCAUCUUCAGAGCAGCUGGAACGAGCACAUUAAAGGUAUCCAGGAGGACAUCGACCUGAUCUUUCUGGGUCCAAUCUACACAAGAAGCAGCAGAAUCUGCCCCAUCCACCCCGCGAAAAGAGUACGAUUCUUCAACGAGGUGACCUCGAAGGUAGCGCUGCCACUGGAACACGUAUGCUCCAGCUUCACACUGCUGCUCCGCCACCGCAAUGCGCGGGGUCGUCCCGUCAGUGUGGGCGACAGCGAAGAAGGCUACGCAACGCAGUGGGAGGCGAGCCAGUUGCCCCUCAUCGAAGUCACGGCUGCCAGCGUGGGUUGUGACCAAUGGCGCGUCACACCGGGCCGCCUAUUUGGCCAUGAAUUUGCUUCCGACGGGUCAGCGGCUUUGCAGCAUUACGUGAACCACACGGGGACACAUGAUGGAAGGCUGUGCCUGCUGCUCCAGGAUCUACACAGCGAGAGCAACGGCUAUCCCAACACGGGCGCGGUGUUGCGGGAUCUUUUCAGCCAGCACUGCAGGCCCGCCAGUGCAAAGUGUCAUAUUGACACGGGCGCCUCAGGCUGACCGCUCAAACGCAGUCACCCAUGACAUAUCACGCACGUAGUCACGUUACAAGAAUUUUUAAGAAGUAUUUUAUCAAGUAGCCGCUGCGAGAAUAAUACGGAUACGUCAGGUUUGCCGAAGGCAGACUCGAAAGUUCAAAUACAAAUCCAAUAAACAUA